CUACAAGGUUUCCCUGAGAGAGAGAGAGCUGCCUGGUUAUAUUUAUUACAUUUCCUCCUCCGUCCCGCAUCAACCACUGUGGACGACAGGGACUACAGCAGCAAUAUAGGAUUUCUUCACUGCGGAGACUUUAUGACCUAGCUCAGGCAAACGGAAAUAUGCUCUUGUGUUCUGUUUCAUGCCAGGACCACCGCCAUUCAGCGUCCAAUCUUCCCCGCGCCCGAAGAUUGCCCACCACCAAUCCCUAACUUUGAUAGCUCAGUCGAUGGACCACAUGUCACUGUUGGCAUUCUCUCUAAAGUUUUUAUCCGGGUAAAUAAGAAGCCACUCUCAUUCUACAUCCAUCCCGUCCAGUCAGAACUUUCGAGGACAACAGCGUCAGGCCAUGCCAUCUACCCCGCUAGACAACCCGAAAAUGAUACCACCUUUGAAUGUCGAGCAGAUUGCUCGUCAAGCUACAGAAUUCGAGUUUGACCCCUUUUCUCCAUUGCGGUACUGGAUACGAGCAGCCGGGCUACUUAUUAAAGAGGCAAGCAUCUACGAACGUGAGGGAAACGACCAACAGGCAUACCUUCUACUUUUUAGGCACGCACAACUAGUUCUCUCCCACAUUGCGACUCACCCCGAUGCACGACAAGAGGAUAAUCGUAAAGCUGUGGCGGCUGCGAAGCGGGAAGUCCAGAGGAACCUUAGCAAACUAGAAGAGCUAAAACCACGCAUCAACAAGCGCUAUGAGCGUUACGUCCAGCUUAUUCGUAGCAGAGAGGCUAGACGAACAGCGCCUCUAUUGGGAAAUGAUGUCAUUACAACUGCGACAACUCCGAUUGAUCCCGCGUUGGCUGGAGUAGCGGAGCCUCUGGAAGCGGCUCAGAACAGAGAGUUGGCUGUGAAACUUGCCCAGAGAGAAUUCAGCAGAAGGGCAACUGCUCGGACGGCAACUCAACCCGAGGACCUAUAUGCGAAAGGCAUAUUAGGAACCUACGGGGUUGAAGGCUUCCACCCCAAAUCUAAUGAUGAACCAGCAGACGACCUCAGUCGACGCCUCCAGGACCUUAGAUCAAAAGUCGUAAGAAACGAGAGGACGACCCGCAGACCGCUCUCACCUCAGGAUCGCCAUGUUUCAAAUUCCCACAGUCACUUACAAAGGGCGCACACCCCCCAGCGGCCAACUGACCUACGGCAAAUAUCCAGUUAUAAAUACCCUAAUGUUCCACACCAGCCUUCUAAUGAUGUCUGUCAACAACCACCGCCCGUGCCUAGUAAGGUGGAACCUGUAGCAUCCAACUCAGUUCUCCCCCCACAACUCCCUGCCAAAGUUAAACAUCCUAUUCCUUCACCUUUAGAGUCUCCUGCGAGCAGCCCCCUUCCUGAAUUGAUAUCUCCCCCAAUCCCGGACAAGGUAUUUCCUUCUUCCCCACCCUCAACAAACGACAGCAUAACCCCAGGAACGGAUCUCCACCCAUCAACCUUUACGUUUAAACCGUCAGCCUAUCUUGAAAAUGGCACGCCUCUCCGAACCAUCUUCAUAUCUCCUGACCUCCGAAAACAAUUCCUCUACCUCGCCGCCCCAAAUACCGAGCGCAACCUUGAAACCUGCGGUAUCCUUUGUGGAUCGUUAAUCUCCAAUGCCUUUUUCAUUUCCAAGCUUUUAAUUCCCGAGCAGGAGUCAACAUCUGAUACCUGCGAAAUGAUCAACGAGUCAGCUAUUUUCGACUACUGUGAUUCGGAGGACCUAAUGGUUCUCGGCUGGAUACACACUCAUCCAACGCAGACGUGCUUCAUGAGCUCGCGCGAUUUGCACACGCAAUCCGGCUAUCAAGUAAUGUUAGCGGAAAGUAUUGCGAUUGUUUGCGCACCGAGCAAGGAUCCGGAUUGGGGUGUGUUCCGGCUCACGGACCCACCGGGAUUGAAAUGUGUGCUUGCCUGUACGCAGCCGGGGCUCUUCCACCCACAUUCAGAGCCUAACAUAUAUACCGAUGCACUAAGGCCCGGACAUGUCUUUGAGGCUAAAGGCUUGGAGUUUGAGGUUGUGGAUUUCCGUCAUUGAAAGAGGACGUAAUCCUGUCCUUAUUUCUUCUUAGUAUAUUUUAUUUUUUAUCCUUUGACUUGCCAAGGAACCUUUUUUCCCCCUUGCGCAUCGAUGCGGCUCUAGUGCUAUGCGUUUGCAUGAUUCAACGACAUUGUAUGACUGUUUGGUUCUUCCCGCAUAUGCAUAAUGCUUCUAUGGUAGACUUCACUCCCCAAUAAUGGAUGGAGUGGAGUGGAGGGGGAUUUUUCUUUGUGUCCCCUCCCUCCUCUGUUGUAUCGCAGUGGCAUUGUUUUGCCUUGUAGCAUGCUUUUUCCUAGACUAGUUCAAAUUUUACCACUUCUAUUGAACCCUUCUGCGCAGUCUAGGUGCUAUCUACGCUAGUAUCUAGUCGCCAUUUGCUUAACUACUACAAGUGUAUGAUCUAAUAUUAUUUGAUAAUAUUUUCCUCUUUCCUGUUGUAGGUUGUAGGUUGAUGAUAAGAGCAGAUCAUUUCCAGUUUUGAAAAUUACUGAAGGAUUUCAGAGAAUAACCUCAUCACUGAGUUACUCAGGGAUGAAUACUCAGAUGUCAAUCAGCAUUCUAUAAAUUGAGAUCCAAAGAUGUGAAGUGGACUUGUGUAUAUCAUGCUGCCUCUUCCGCAGAACAAUUGAAGUCAAGCAGUUCCAAGGGAGGUGUAACUGGGAUAAGCAUACCUAGCAGGCAGGUAUGUUGAUUACACCUCACUCCAAGCAAGCAUACCCAGGCAUAUAUUAUAUUCCUAAUUAAAACAAAGCAGACAGGCGUAAGGAUGUUAUUCCGUUGUACUGCGACUUGAUGUUAAGUUCUCAAAAACAACAAAGAGAGUACUGAUAUCAACAUAUUCUAGUCUGGAGAUAUAUACAUGCAACAGAAGAAGGCCAAAUAGCCCAAAUUGAGGUCAGAAAUGCCAAAUAUUUUUCUUUUUCUUUUGUAAACUAGCUAUUGGCGAACUUUAUCCAACCAGUGAGCUGGCGGAAGGCGGACGCUUUUUGACUUAUGGGCCAUUUCUGGGAGGAGUAUAUUCGCCUGGCCGCUUUCGAAAGACUAGAUAGUGUCUACUGAUACGCCGG